AUGGCUGAGAGUCGGCUAUCAGGACAGAGGCAAGCUAUGAGGGACCUGCCGGGGGACAGAGGCCUGCAGAAGACCAGCACCUACAUAGUUCCCUGCUUCCUCUUCGUGGAGCUGGUCAUUAUGGCAGGGACCGUUCUGCUGGCGUACUACUUUGAGUACACGGACACGUUCCCCGUGCACAUCCAGGGCUUCUUCUGUUUUGACAAAGCCUUCUCCAAGCCCUACCCAGGACCAGAGGACGACAGCAAGGCGCCGCCGGUGCUGGUCUACUCACUUGUCACUGCCAUCCCCACCGUGACGAUUCUGAUCGGGGAGGUGACCAGUUUCUUCGUCAAAUCAGAGGGGGCUCAGGAGAAGACCAUAGUCACCGCUGACUGCUGCUACUUCAACCCCCUCCUCCGCAGGAUCGUACGGUUCCUGGGGGUUUACUCCUUCGGCCUCUUCACCACCACCAUCUUUGCCAACGCGGGUCAGGUGGUGACAGGAAACCAGACACCUCAUUUCCUGUCAGCCUGCAAGCCGAACUACACAGCUCUGGGCUGCCAGUCUCCGAUGCAGUACAUCUCAGAGCGCCGAGCUUGCACGGGAAACCCGUACCUGGUGGCUUCUGCACGCAAAUCCUUUCCCUCCAAAGAUGCAGCACUCAGUUUCUACUCGGCUGUCUAUACAGUGAUGUAUGUGACGCUUAUGUUUCGAACCAAAGGGUCUCGUCUGACCAAGCCCACGCUCUGCCUGGUAUUGGUGUCUCUGGCCGUAAUGGUCGGGGUGGUAAGGGUAACUGAAUACAGGAACCACUGGAACGACGUGCUGGCCGGAUUCCUCACUGGAGGGGCCAUCGCCGCCUUUCUGGUGUCGUGUGUGAUUAACAACUUCCAGCCAACCCAGCUAGCCAUGCCAGCUCCGCUCCCCCCGCGCCCACAGCCGUCCGUUGGUCUGCCUCUGGUCAGCCUGCCCCGUGUGGAGGGUCCACUCGAAAAGCUUCAGGGCUACCAUACUCUGAGAUCACAUGACCAUCAGCCAAUCCUGUCCCCCGCCCCUCCCGAUGUGCUCCUCCCCUCUCGGCGUUGCCUAACCAGCGCAGUCUAG